AUGGUUAGACGGAAACUCCACAUUCCUGCCGACCUACAGCAUCCAGGGUGGUCUUCAAAUCCCCUUCCUGCUCACACUUCUUCCGACCACGACAUCCCCGAUGUCCAACCCGAUUCUAACGACAUCGUCAGACUCUUUUCCGGUGUUCCAGGAUCACGAUCAGCGACAUGCAGCGCCGGGUUUUUCCUCAAAACGCCGGACGGUGCAUUCGACGUAAUCCUGACCGCUGCGUACAAUCUCGUGAAUGCAGCGGGGAAAAUACUGCCAAAGCUCACCGCCAUCAUCCGCGGCGAGAAACAUACCGUCUCUAAACAAAAUGUUCGAGUAUCCAACGCAUAUAUAAACGGAGAAAGGACCCCUGAUACAAACUAUGGUGUGAUCUUGCGCCCAAGAUCAUCGAACAUGGCGGCUCGCGGUGGUUUCGGGUUUAGCAUGACCCUCGGGAGUAACGAAUCCGCCCCAGCAGAGCUCAGAAUCAGUGGGUGUGGAGCCGCAGAUGCUGCAGACACGGUGACCACUUCCACGAGCCGCUGCACAAGCUGCCACGCUCGACAUCUCGAGUAUCCUGCACUGGCAGAGAACGAGCGAUCGAUGAGUGGCUCUCCCGUAUGGGUUUCUCGCCAAGGCUAUCCGACCGUCCUCGCUAUCCACAACGAUGCCACGGACGAUAAUGGCGUGCACCGAGGUACACGCAUUACGCCAGAUCUCUUGAAGGAUGUCUUCUUGUGGGCUAGUUUAGGCGAUUACGGCAGGAGGAUCCGGGCAUAUACGCCCAAAGAGAAGCGGGCAGGACCGGCGACUCUCCUUGAGCGUGGUCUCUACCUGAGCUUCAGGAAGAACAUGGAUUUCGCUCGUGUGCGCCUAGGUACCGGAACUCAGUUCAAUGUGUUGCCGGCAGAAGUCGCUCCCGGCAAGGACUUGUACGUGCUCGAGAUUGCGGGAGCACAGCCGGGGAGAAGAUGGGUCGAAUUCAUACCUGCCAAAAGCGAGGCGGUGUUAACCGAUCAAGUCAAGGAUGCGUGCCUAUUCCGCAUUGUUCGGCAAGAGGAUAGGGCGAGAAUCGUAGUGCAGCAGGAUGGUUCGGCAAUGCAACUGAGAAUGCAGUAUACGCGUAUCAAGGAGGCAGACGGAGAAGACGCGGAGAGCUCAGAAGUGUCCUUCGUACCUUUGGAAGGACACGAUUCGGACGCGGUGAGUCACCGAAUUCCGAUUCGAAAGCGUUGA